AUGGUGGCCACUACCAGUAGCGCGCAGGUGCAGGGGGUGCAGAUAGGAGCCCGGCAGGCUGGGCGGCCGGCGGUGCAGCAGGUGGUGUGCUCCUUGAGGCGCACACAUUCGCAGCCAUUCGGGACCAGGCCCCUGCAGCGGCAGCGCCCCCAGCUGCGACAAGUCCGUUCCGCGGACGCGGCGCCGGCGGUGGGCAGCGGCUGGAUGGACCAGCCAGAGUCGCAGCCGCCGCCGAACGAGGUGGAAGUGUUCCCGCGGCUCAAGGAGCGCGACCCAUACAAGCGGCUGGGCGUGUCACGGGAGGCGUCCUUCGAGGAGGUACAGGAGGCCCGCAACUUCCUGGUGGAGCAGUACCGCGCCCACGAGCCCAGCCGGGAGGCCAUUGAGCUCGCCCUGGACUCGAUCCUGGAGGAGAAGCGGCGGGUGCGGCUCAAGGACGGCUUCCGCCCGCCCAGGACAGGGCGCCGCACCGACGUGGCGGGGGACGCGCCCAACCUCAGCCUGUGGCAGCGCGUGCGCCAGAAGUUUGAGCCCUCUGUGCCCUCCACCACCCUGGUCAAUGACGGCAGCGUGUUUGUGGCGCUGGGCGUGUGGGCGGGGUGGACGGCGGCGGCCUCCGACCCCACGCUGCCGCUGGGCGCCGCCCUGGCCUUUGCCGCUUGGAAGCUCUAUGACAAGCGCAACAAGCGCAACCCAGACGGUCCCUACUGGGGCGGCAACCCGAUGUGGGGCGCGCUGGGUGCCGUGGUGCUGGCGCUGGUGCUCGGCAGCCUGCUCUCCUACGCUCUAGUCAACAUGGUGCCACUGCCGCCGAGGCUCGCCAGCGAGGCGGUGGGCCUCUUCCUCAUCACCAUGUGCCUGGGCUUCACUGCCCUCUACCUGAAGUGA